AGAAACGAGAGUGGUCGGCAGGGGAAACUCGUUGCUGGGGUUGUCCACGCGGGUUUCUUUCUUCCCUCCUUGCCGUUCGUCGGGCCUUCGCCUCCUUCCCAUCUCCUCCCGUCGCCGCCAUGUCGGCCAUGGGGACGUUGGCGUUUGACGAGUACGGGAGGCCGUUCCUCAUCCUGAAGGACCAGGAGCGGAAAACCCGCAGUACCGGAAUAGAGGCCCUCAAGUCUCACAUAAUGGCAGCCAAGGCAGUAGCCAAUACACUCAGAACUUCACUUGGGCCCAAUGGCCUUGAUAAAAUGAUGGUUGACAAGGAUGGUGAGGUAACUGUGACAAAUGAUGGUGCCACCAUCUUAAAUAUGAUGGAUGUGGAUCAUCAGAUUGCUAAACUUAUGGUUGAGCUGGCAAAAUCCCAGGAUGAUGAGAUUGGAGAUGGAACCACAGGGGUUGUUGUUCUUGCAGGUGCAUUAUUGGAACAGGCAGAGCACUUACUGGAUCGUGGUAUUCAUCCUGUAAGAAUAGCAGAUGGCUAUGAACAAGCCGCUCGCAUCGCCAUUGAGCACCUGGACAAGAUCAGUGAUAGUUUUCCAGUUGAUCCACAGAAUACUGAACCCCUCAUUCAGACAGCAAAGACAACUCUGGGCUCUAAAGUAAUUAACCGUUGCCACAGACAAAUGGCAGAAAUAGCUGUAAAUGCAAUUCUGACUGUGGCAGACAUGGAACGCAGAGAUGUUGAUUUUGAGCUAAUCAAAGUUCAGGGCAAAGUUGGUGGUAGAUUGGAGGACACCCAGCUGGUAAAAGGUGUGAUUGUGGAUAAAGACUUCAGUCACCCACAGAUGCCUAAAGAAGUUAAAAAUGCUAAAAUAGCAAUUCUUACUUGCCCAUUUGAGCCUCCUAAGCCAAAAACUAAGCAUAAGCUUGAUGUUGCAUCUGUGGAAGACUACAAAGCAUUGCAGCAAUAUGAAAAGGAUAAGUUCAAUGAGAUGGUGAAACAGAUCAAAGACACAGGUGCGAACCUAGCCAUUUGCCAGUGGGGAUUUGAUGAUGAGGCUAACCACUUGCUGCUUCAAAAUGAGCUGCCUGCUGUUCGCUGGGUUGGUGGCCCUGAAAUAGAACUUAUUGCCAUUGCAACUGGAGGUCGCAUUGUACCUCGUUUCUGUGAGCUCACCCCUGAAAAAUUAGGAUUUGCUGGCAUUGUCAGAGAAAUCUCAUUUGGAACAACAAAGGACAAAAUGCUCAUAAUAGAAGAAUGCCAGAAUUCCAGAGCUGUGACUAUCUUCAUUAGAGGUGGAAAUAAAAUGAUAAUUGAAGAAGCUAAACGGUCUCUUCAUGAUGCAUUGUGCGUGAUCAGAAAUCUCGUCCGUGAUAACCGCAUUGUUUAUGGUGGAGGUGCUUCGGAGAUUUCUUGUGCCCUGGCUGUUAGUGAAACUGCAGAUAAGUGUCCGUCAUUGGAGCAGUAUGCCAUGAGGGCUUUUGCUGAUGCUCUAGAAGUUAUUCCAAUGGCACUUGCUGAGAACAGUGGUAUGAAUCCCAUUCAGACUAUGACAGCGGUGCGAGCUCGACAAGUGAAAGAAAGCAACUCUGCUCUGGGCAUUGAUUGCUUACGCAAAGGAACAAAUGAUAUGAAGGAACAACAUGUCAUAGAAACUUUAAUUGGCAAAAAACAACAAAUAUCUCUGGCUACCCAGAUGGUUAGAAUGAUUCUGAAGAUUGAUGAUAUUCGCAAACCUGGUGAAACUGAAGAAUAAAAAUAUAAAACCUGAAAUGUAACUUCAAUGGGCCCAUCAACAGGAUUCCAAUUAAAAUAGGUUGCUUUUGAUAUACUGAUUUAGGUCAAUAAAUUACUGUUGUGGUUUCAGUGCUCCUUCAGAAGUUUCAUUGUGCAUUUACUAAGAUACACUGUAUUUAUGCUUCACUUAUAAACUGGUUCUGUGAAAAGAUAAAGCUUGAAUUAUUCACAU